UCGUGCACCGUUGGACCCGAAGGCUGCCGGCUCAUGAGUUUCACCAGGCCUGUAGCCCCACCUCCAGCUGUAGUAUCCGUGGGCGAGGUACGUGCCCCAAAAUUGCUCCAGUAAAAGUACCCAGCUGUGUAAGUGGAUUUGGCGAAAAGGCCUCAGCUAAGUGAGUUCCACUAACUAAAUGAUUCCAUCCGCCUGCGAACGGCGCGGCUCUUGUCUCGGGAAAGUUUUCACCACCACCACUGCGGAGCCGCGUCCGAACGCGCGGGUAUUUUCGCAGGCGCCGCGGUGCAUGCUGGUCCCCGUAUGACACCUGCGUGCGGACAACUUAGCGCACCGAGGAGGGCUGCUCGCGCCGCGCACCCGCCGUUCCGCCGUGGGGCUCUCGCGCUGCCAUGAAGGGAGACCCGCGCGCUUGUGAGGUUUACUGCGUGUCCAGCUGCGGACGCUGCCUCCCCGCCACAGCCUCAGCCUCAGCCUCAGCCAGGCUACCUGAGCCUCAGCCCACCCAUGUGCACCCAGGGCGGACGAGGAGCGCCGUGCCCCCCCGGCCCUGUGCAGAACAGGUGGAGGAGCUGGAGGAGCUGGGGGGUGGGGGCGGCGUCCUUCCUAGCCCUCUCCGCGGCCGUCGUUCUCAACCUCCGCUUCUUUGUGUGGCCUCCUUCCUCAGUGUUCUACUUGGGAGGAAGUGUGGAGAUGACCAACCAGAGCUUUGCUGCGGACUUGAUGGAUGCUUCUUCCCUGCAAUUCCAGGAGCUGGCGGCAGCUGCGGUCCGUUAUCUUUCGGGGCUCUACAGCUCCUCCCCUUGGAGUUCAUAUUACAUACACUCAGAGAUCACCGCUUUCAGUGAAGGGGCUGCAGGUGGUCUUCGCGUGUUCUACUGGAGUAAGUUCCUUGCCCCUGCUGCAGUGAUUCCAGCAAUCCGCAACGGUGGCGUGGGCCAUUUGCAGCGCUCGUGCACCGGUAGCAACAAACUGCUGCUCAUUAAGAGUGAGGAACUGUAUUCUUUGGAGCAGGAUGAGGAUGUCCUACAGUUGUUAGGGUUGGAGGCAGAGAGUUCUGACUUCGAUGAUCAGGCAGAUAAGAUAAAAAAUACUGCAAAUCUUCAGAGCAUCAAAUGGCAGCUGGGCUUCCAAGCAAUGUCAUUUGAUCUUUAUGCCAAAUACGGAAACAACCGCACUCUGAGUCUAGUGAGCCCCAAGAAGCCAUAUUAUCAGUGGCGUUUGCGUGUCCCGUCUGGACACGUGGUACGGCUUGUGAUCCUCACUUUACAUGGAGCCAUACCUGGAAGCUGCUCUGCCCACAAGCUCUCCGCAUAUGACUUCCUUCUACCCUUGCAGAAUAAAAUUAUAGCCAGGUGGUGUGGUCUCCCAGUCUCUGGAUCCUCUCCUGUUAUGAAACUCACCUCCUCAGGAAACGUCAUGCUGGUGACCUUCUCAUUCAACAGACAGAGAGAUGGAGCCAUUUUUAAAGCAUAUUUCCAAGCUGUGCCUAAAAUAGGUUGUGGUGGUUCCCUGACUGCCUGGAACGGAACUCUGACAUCCCCAUACUACCCCAGCCACUAUCCCCCCAACAUUGACUGUAGCUGGACAUUACGAACCCCACUGCCUGGGUACUUGCUGUCUGUGACUAUUGUGAUGUUCGACAUUCAGGACUCUCCCUCUUCUGACAGCUGUGAGAAAGACUGGCUAGACAUCAAUGGAGUCCGGUUGUGUAAUCCUGUCGCCGAUAGCAGCAGAAAGAGAAUCCACUCCUCGCCGGUGGUGCUGCACUUCCACUCCGAUGAGUCGCAUACUCACAAGGGUUUCUACAUCCUGUACCGAGCGUUUGCCCAGGAGAGUUCAUGCCCUCGACAGUUUCGUUGUGGGACUGGCCAGUGCAUCCCCCUGCGUAAAGUGUGUGAUGGGGCGAAAGACUGCCCUGAUGGCCGUGAUGAAAGCAAGUGCACCUGCAGACCUGGAGAAGUGCAUUGUGGGAAUGGUCAGUGCAGAUCCCACAUCAGUCAAUGCAGCGUCCAAAGCAACUGUGCAGACAGCAGUGAGGAGGCCAAUUGUGCAGGGAGAUGUUACUUCAUGUGCCCUAACAAAGUGUGUGUGGCCAGGUCUUCAGUGUGUGAUGGUGUGUUUGACUGCAAGGACCGCAGUGAUGAGGCCAACUGCACCAGGGCUUUACAAAAAGGUUGCUCUCCCACAUCCUACAAGUGUGCCAAUGGGAAGUGUGUGACUAAAAUCAACCCCGAGUGUGAUGGCAUCAAAGACUGCGUGGACGGUUCAGAUGAGAUGCGCUGUGGCUGUGGAACAAGGCCAAAGAAGAAGACUAAGAUUGUGGGUGGGGUCAUUGCUCAGACAGGGGCAUGGCCCUGGCAAGUGAGCCUGCAGAUGGAGCGUUAUGGGCAUGUGUGUGGUGCUUCGCUGGUUUCGAGCCGCUGGCUACUGUCUGCAGCUCACUGCUUCCAGGACUCCGACAUGAUCAAGUAUUCUGAGGCACGGUCUUGGAAAGCUGUCAUGGGCAUGCGUGGUAUGAACGUGGUGGGAACUGCCGUGGCCACGCGGCCAAUUCGUCGUAUCCUGCUCCAUGCGCAGUAUGACCAGUUUACAUCUGACUAUGACAUUGCUCUGCUGGAGCUAAGCACCCCUGUGUUCUUCAACGAGAUGAUUCAGCCUGUGUGUGUACCUGCCCCAUCUCACACCUUCACCGCAGGAACAAGCUGCUUUGUCACAGGCUGGGGGGUUCUCAUGGAAGAUGGUGAACUGUCUACAUUACUGCAAGAGGCACCUGUGAAAAUCAUCAACCACAAUAUUUGCAACAAGUUGUAUGACGAUGCAGUCACACCCAGGAUGCUGUGUGCUGGAAAUCUCCAAGGUGGUGUCGAUGCCUGCCAAGGGGAUUCAGGUGGCCCCCUGGUGUGUCUCGAGAAGGGCCGGAGGUGGUUUCUUGCAGGGAUUGUGAGCUGGGGUGAGGGCUGUGCAAGACAAAACCGACCUGGUGUCUACACACAGGUCAUCAAGUUUUCAGAGUGGAUCCAACAGCAAACGAAAGGCCAGGUGUGAGUGGACACAGACAGACUAAACCUGGACCUCAUCACUCCUUACCUGGCCUCAGUGGCUGCUUGUGAUCUCUGGGAUGAAGCAAUAGGAGGAGCACAGGAACCUAGUGAGACUAGGCAUCACUGCACAUAUAUCAUUUAGAUAGUCUACGUUAAACUAAAAUGAUACUAGGCCCUAGGCUCUUUAAGGACACGAGAUUUAUAUAGUAACUGUAUGUGUGUUCUUACUCAAAACCUGCUGAAGUCCGUGUUUAGUCAUGUGGUUUGGCCUUUUAUGUUUUUCUUUCACUGAUGUAUUCUAGCUCCAUACAGCCAGUUCUUUAUUCCUUUUUGAGAAGGCAAUCCACCCUGCCUCAGCUGACCCGACCGCACCAAAGACAUGGUUCUACACACCAAAAAGGAAUGUAGUUCCACUCCCUCUAUUCCCCGGGUUAAUGAAACAUGGGCAGAGCUUUCAACACCUCAUGACUUCUGACUCCUUUUGUUAAUUUAAACAAUCCUAAAUGUUCCAUCUUUUUGUUAACCUUCAAUGAGGAAACUGGUUUACUUCACCUGUCCCACCUCCUGCAAUACCAUUUCUCUACUGCACUGGCUUUCCUCUCCAACUUCCGCUACCACUUCCAUCUUGUUGCCCACACCCAUUACCCAUUUUGCUUACUUUGGUACACCUUUUGCAGUACUAGUCUCCCAUUAUCUGCUGUCAGCCUUUUAGUCAAUUGUUUUUGGUCGAGAAAUUCAGAAAACAGACCAGAACAGGUUAAUCAGUAACCAUAAACUGAAAUGGUCUUGAUGGGGGUUUUGGCUUAGAAUAUUGGUAAAUUGACUCUGCAUUUAUUAAAAUGUACUAUGUCAUACUUCUGAAUGGAUUUCCUUAAGCGCUGCAUCAUAAUAGGAUGCUGUUUGGCUUGGUAAUGUUACAUUGUUGAAAGGGCAGUGGAGUGAGACACAUGGGACGUUACCCCAUCUGUUAAGCAAUCAUACUUCCUCUCCAGUGUGGCCGUGCUGUGGAUAUAACAGCAUCAUUUGUUGGUUUUAUUCAUCUGUACUAAAUAUGUAUUGAAAACCUGGAUUUUUUUAAUUACAUUUUUUAAAUUUAUGUUGUAACAAUGUUUAGAAUGCUGUUGAAAAAAGCAAGCAUUAAAUGGGCU